UAAUGUUCUACUCCGAUUGGUGGAAGCGAAGGUCGUCGAGUGGGGAUCCACCCCAUCGAGUGAUGAAAACGAUACUAACGCGUCGCAUCAGUCGCAUUUCGCAUUUAGUCGAUCGUGUUGGUCGUGUAGUUACGUUAUUCGAUUCGUUACUUCCCAGUAAAACCAACGUUUGUUUCAUACGAACAAAAAUAAGAGUGAUUUGCACACGUAUUGGAGAGUAAAUACAUAUUGUGAUCGUUGUGAGUUCGCAAGAUGAGUACUCCAGUGAAGAAAGUGCCCAUUCAUCUGCAGAGCGCGCAGAAUAGAUUGCUAAUUAAAAAUGGCAAAGUUGUCAACGACGAUGGGAUCAUCGACAGCGACGUCUACAUCGAGGAUGGUAUCAUUAGGCAAAUGGGACGCAAUCUUAUUAUACCCGGUGGCACGAGGAUCAUCGAUGCAAGGGCAAAAUACGUAAUGCCCGGUGGCAUAGAUCCGCAUACGCAUUUUGAAUUCGAGUUUAUGGGUACCAAGUCGGUGGAUGACUUUUACCAGGGCACGAAAGCUGCAGUCGCCGGCGGUACUACGAUGAUCAUAGAUUUUGUAGUACCGCGAAAAGAGGAGAGUCUUGUGGAGGCUUACGAGAGAUAUAGAGAGUCAGCGGAUGAAAAAGUUUGCUGUGAUUACGCGCUGCACGUCGCCGUCACUUCCUGGAAUCCGAAAGUUAAAGAAGACAUGGCGAUAUUGGCGAAGCAUCACGGCGUCGGUAGCUUCAAGAUGUUCAUGGCUUAUCGCGACAUGUUUAUGCUCAGAGACCCGGAGCUGAUCGAGGCUUUCAAGGCGUGCAAAGAGAUCGGCGCCGUAGCUAUGGUACAUGCGGAGAACGGUGACCUUAUCGCGGAAAAUGCCAAGAAACUACUCGCCGCAGGUGUGACAGGUCCAGAGGGCCACGAAAUGUCACGGCCUGAAGAAGUUGAGGCAGAGGCUGUUAAUAGAGCGUGCGUUAUCGCGAAUCAGGUAAAUAGUCCGCUGUAUGUAACGGCGAUCUCGAGCAAGUCGGCCGCCGACAUCUUGUCGGCGAAACGGUCAGAGGGUAUCGUCGUUUUUGGAGAAACCCUGGCAAGCACCGUCGGUAUCGAUGGUAGCGAGCAAUAUGGUAAAGAUAUGGAAAAAGCGAGGCGUCUCAUUACUAACCCGCCGUUGCGGCCCGAUCCGACAACACCUGCUUAUCUAAUCGAGCAUCUGGCCCAAGAUACUCUCCAAGUCAUCGGCAGUGAUAAUUGCACGUUCAAUUCCGAGCAGAAAGCUCUGGGUAAAAACGAUUUCACGAAAAUCCCUAACGGCGUGAACGGUGUCGAGGACAGGAUGACCGUGCUCUGGGAGAAGGGCGUGCAUGCCGGAAUAAUGCAUCCCACGCGAUUUGUUGCAGUCACUAGCACGAAUGCCGCCAGGAUCUUCAACUUGUAUCCUCGAAAGGGAGUCGUAGCCGUCGGCUCGGACGCUGACAUUGUCGUCUGGGACCCCAACAGGAAGCGCACCAUUUCCGCUCAGACCCAUGUCCAGGCCGUUGACUUCAACAUCUUCGAGGGUAUGGAAGUAACUGCCGUACCUGAAUAUGUGAUUGUCAAUGGACGCGUAUGCGUGGAUGAGUGUGAGCUCAAAGCUGUUCACGGCUUCGGAAAAUAUAUAAAUACGGAGCCAUUUGGCACUUAUGUGUACGACAUGAUAAACGAUAAGGAAAAGAAACCACGUGGUGUCGCACGAACCGAAGCGGAGGCUAAGAGAUACGCGGAGGAAGACGCCGCGAUCGCGAAGGCUAAGGAAGAGGCGAGAGCGGCCGCUGCAACCGCAGCCGCAGCUGCAGCACGAGCUGAUCAUACCAACGGUUCACUUGACGUACCUGUGUACCUGUGUACCUUGCCGACCUCUGCCGUAAUGACGCCAUCUACGAAAGGUCCGAGACACGAAGGUCAGAGAAACAUGCAAGAUUCUACUUUCUCCAUCAGCGAGGAAACUCUCGAAGAAGGACGAAGGGCAUGCAUUCGUGUGAAUAAUCCACCGGGUGGCCGCAGUGCGGGAGGCUUUUGGUAAUUUAUACAAAAAAAGAGAACAUCAAGAUUCGCUUUAUAUAUAAAGGUCACUUAACGCGAGAAAGGAAUAUUUAUCCUCUUUCUUCCUUCCUUCAUCUAUCAUAUACAUACAUAUAUACAUAUGCUUUAUUCAUUUCGAAGAGUACCAACCCGCGCUUUCAGGUUCGCUACUCACCAAAUAUUGUUCUAAAUUCAGUCAUUUUUUCACACUGUAUUCCCAUCGAUCAAGGUCUGUUCCAUCGAAGGAGGAUGCAGAGGUUGCUGGCCAGUAGGUUGUAUGUUCUCAUAUAUUCAUAUUAAUCGUUCCACACUCGCUUUAUUAUCAUUUUAGCAUCGCACUGUAUCACUAGCAUAUCUGAAUCAUUGGUCUUGAUACAUUCUCCGAUUUCUACAUUCGAAAUUUCAUCUGUUUCGGUUCUUUGAUAACGUUUAUAUCAAUAUAAGUUUUCUUUAAAAUCACUUUCGUUAUUUUCACUUGAAAAUUUAUUUAUUGUUACAUACAUAAAGACGUAUAUAUAUAUA